AUGGAAGUCCCCUUCAAUCUUUCGACUCUUCGCAAGCACCUCGCCAAUGUCGCUUUUGCACGCCGCGUGCUUCCCGAGGACGUCGCCGCACGCCAGAAGCUCCUCGAAGAGUCCGUCUACGACAUUGCUACAGCCCGUCUCCAACACGAGUCCAACAUGCUCGAAGAGAUCGGUCUUGGCGGGGAGAAGACGCUUCGGACGACGCAGCUGAAGCGGUGGAUGUGGCAGUGGCAUCAGAAAUUGGAGGAAAGAUUGACCAACGAUAUUCAAGAGCUUAUCAAGCAGGAGGAGAUCAUGACGGCUAAGAGGUCGCGGAAGGACGAGCGGUUGGGCCCCUUCCUAAGCCUCCUUAAGCCGAGCAAGCUGUCGUUGAUUACAAUCCUCGAGUUGAUGCACCUCAGCGGCUCGGGCGGAGUGAACUCUGGCAUGAAGACCGCCCGUGCGCUCCUUACGGUCGGGAAGGCGGUCGAACUCGAGUACAAGGCGGAGAUGUGCCGCAGGAACGACAUUCAGAUCCCUCAAGCAUCGUCCACUUUCGCGUCGAAAUCGGAGAUUGAGAAGAAGCAGCGAGGGUUCUUCACAGGCUUGGGCUACCGCGAACUGCACGCUCGUCGCGUAGCCGCUGCACGAUAUGUCCAGGAAGCCGAGGAGUGGACGUCCGAGUGGACCCAAGAGCUGAAGGUCCGAGUCGGCAGCUUCCUUGUGGACACGCUCAUGGACGUCGCCACCGUUGAGCGUACCGCGAUCAACAAGGUGACCGGCCAGGAAGUGACCGAGGAGCACCCAGCGUUCUAUCACUCCUACGAGUACAUGAAGGGACACAAGCUUGGCAUCAUCAGGUUGAACCCAGUCGUCGCGGAGCGAAUGGCAAAGGACAACCUCCGAGAUACGCUGCACCCUCGACACUUGCCGAUGUUGGUGAAGCCGAAGCCCUGGCUGGACCACAACCAGGGCGGAUAUAUCUACAACAAGACAAGCGCCAUGCGGUUUAAGGAAUCUCGUGAACAGGAAGUUUACCUCGCGCAUGCCUCCGCUCAGGGUCACGUAGAGCUUGUCUACGCUGGCCUGGAUGUUCUGGGCUCCACGCCAUGGGUGAUCAAUCGUGAUGUCUUCGACAUUGUGUUGCAAGUUUGGAACUCGGGCGAGCGUUUUGCCAAGAUUCCGCCUGCUGCAUUCGACGGACCCGAGCCUGAGCGACCCGGCGAGGGCGAGACCGAUCCUCACAAGAAGACCAUCUAUAUAACGCGAGCGAAGCAGUACGCACAGGACAAGGCGUCUAACCAUAGCGAGAGAUGCAAUGUGAAUUACAAGAUCGAAAUCGCGCGCGCGUUCCUCGGCGACACUUUCUAUCUUCCUCACAACUUGGAUUUCCGCGGUCGAGCCUAUCCUAUCCCACCGCACUUGAACCACAUUGGCGACGAUCUGGCCCGUGGUUUACUCAAGUUCGGCGAAUCGAGACCCCUCGGCGAGCGCGGUCUGCGUUGGCUCAAGAUCCACUUGGCCAACCUUUACGGUUAUGAUAAGGCCUCAUUCGACGAGCGCGUGAAUUGGGUGCACGAACGUAUGGAGCAGAUCUAUGACAGUGCUACCAAGCCGCUUGAUGGGCAACGGUGGUGGACCCAUGCAGACGACCCGUGGCAAUGCCUUGCGACGUGCAAGGAGCUCCACGCCGCUCUUGAAUCACCGGAUCCGCUCGCCUUCGAGUCGAGUUUGCCUGUGCACCAGGACGGAACUUGCAAUGGUUUGCAGCACUACGCGGCCCUUGGAGGCGACUCGAUUGGUGCCGCGCAGGUCAACCUGGCUGUGACGGACAGGCCGUCGGACGUGUACACGUACGUCGCGAACAUGGUGGAGAGGGAGAUAGAGGAUGACAUCAAGAAGCCUGACAACAAGUGGGCGAAGAUGUUGCAAGGCAAAAUAGCUCGCAAAGUCGUAAAACAGACGGUUAUGACUACUGUGUAUGGCGUGACGUUCAUCGGCGCUCGCGACCAGCUGGAGAAGCAGCUGAAGGACCGCGGCGAUAUCCCGGUUGAGGAUUGCUGGCACGCGGCGUCGUACCUGGCUAAAAAGACCCUCGACUGCAUCGGCGACCUUUUCAGGGGUGCCAAAGACAUUCAGAACUGGCUCAACCUCUCCGCCCGGCUCAUCUCCAAAUCCAUCCCCCCGGACCGCCUUGAGCUCGCGGCGCGGACCGCGUCCAAACGCCGGAAAGGAAUUCCCAUCAAGGACAUCCGCAAGGAGCAGAUGACGUCCGUGAUCUGGACGACACCGCUCGGAUUGCCAAUUGUGCAGCCGUACCGCCAGACGCAGCGGCGGCAGAUUCUGACUUCGCUCCAGACGGUGUUCAUCUCGGACCCAAACAUGGCCGAGACGGUGAACUCGACGAAGCAGGCGUCGGCGUUCCCGCCCAACUUCGUGCACUCGCUCGACGCGACCCACAUGAUGCUCACCGCGCUCGAAUGCCGCAGCCAGGGCUUGACCUUCGCUUCGGUGCACGACUCGUACUGGACGCACGCGUCGACGAUCGACGAGAUGUCGGGGAUCAUCCGGGACACGUUCGUCGCGCUGCACUCAUCUGAUGUGCUAGCUAAACUUCGAGAGGAGUUCGUCGAGCGUUACAAAGACUUCAAGGUCCCCGUGAUAAGCCUCAGGACUCCGCAGAUGUUGAAGAAGCUUGGCAUGUCGGAGUCCGCCCUCGUCGCCGCUGCGCGGGCGUCCCGCGGCGUCGAGCUCGACACGACCGAGGACGCUGACAAGGAGCCAGCGAACGACCUUGGGGAAUCGAAUGAGGCCGAAGCGGUCUCGGAGAACCGGUUUAUCAAUUUGGUCGACCUUCUCCCGCCGCUGCCGAAGAAGGGCGAUUUCAAUGUCGAGACGAUCAAGAAGUCGCUCUACUUCUUCUCUUGA